CCCGGCCCCGUUGCCCCGGCGCGCCCGGCCGGCCCGAGGUAACCUUGGGAGCGAGGGCCUCCGCACAGCGGCGGAGCAGGGUGCUCGCAGUGGAGACUGGUGGGGAGCUGUGGCCAGAUGUUCUGUGAAGCGAGGGCUUUCCCACGACUUCAUAUACGACCCAGAAAGGCUGACCCUCCUCAGGCGCCAUGGAGCAGUGUGCGUGUGUGGAGAGAGAACUGGACAAGGUCCUGCAGAAGUUCCUGACCUACGGGCAGCACUGUGAGCGGAGCCUGGAGGAGCUGCUGCACUACGUAGGCCAGCUGCGGGCCGAGCUGGCCAGCGCAGCUCUCCAGGGGACCCCUCUGUCAGCCACCCUGUCCCUGGUGAUGUCCCAGUGUUGCCGGAAGAUCAAAGAUACUGUCCAGAAACUGGCCUCGGACCACAAGGACAUCCACAGCAGUGUGUCCCGUGUGGGCAAAGCCAUCGACAGGAACUUCGACGCGGAGAUCUGUGGUGUGGUCUCUGACUCGGUGUGGGACUCACGGGAGAAGCAGCAGCAGACGCUGCAGACGGCCAUCGUGGAGCACCUGUACCAGCAGGGCAUGCUCAGCGUCGCCGAGGAGCUGUGCCAGGAAUCAACCCUGAGUGUGGACUUGGAUUUCAAGCAGCCCUUCCUGGAGCUGAACCGCAUCCUGGAAGCUCUACACGAACAGGACCUAGGCCCUGCCCUGGAGUGGGCCGUCUCCCACAGGCAGCGCCUGCUAGAGCUCAACAGCUCCCUGGAGUUCAAGCUGCACCGACUGCACUUUAUCCGCCUCCUGGCCGGGGGCCCCGAGAAGCAACUGGAGGCACUCAGCUACGCCCGGCACUUCCAGCCCUUUGCCCGGCUGCACCAGCGGGAGAUCCAGGUGAUGAUGGGCAGUCUCGUGUACCUGCGCCUGGGCCUGGAGAAGUCUCCCUACUGCCACCUCCUGGACAGCAGCCACUGGGCGGAGAUCUGUGAGACCUUCACCCGGGACGCUUGCUCCCUGCUGGGGCUCUCUGUGGAGUCCCCCCUCAGCGUCAGCUUUGCCUCUGGUUGUGUGGCGCUACCCGUGCUGAUGAACAUCAAAGCUGUGAUCGAGCAGAGGCAGUGCACCGGCGUCUGGAGUCACAAGGACGAGUUGCCGAUAGAGAUCGAGCUAGGCAUGAAGUGCUGGUACCAUUCCGUGUUCGCCUGUCCCAUCCUCCGCCAGCAGACCUCAGAUUCCAACCCUCCCAUCAAGCUCAUCUGCGGCCACGUCAUCUCCCGAGACGCACUCAACAAGCUCAUUAAUGGAGGAAAGCUGAAGUGUCCCUACUGUCCCAUGGAGCAGAACCCAGCAGACGGGAAACGCAUCAUAUUCUGAUUCCUGCCUGGAGGACUUUGCUGGAAAAGGCUUUCUAUUCCAUGAGCCACAGUCCAGCUCGGUGGGCUGCAUGGACUGGGACUCCUUUCAGAGCGCCGGCUGAGGGCAGCGCCGUGGGGCAGAGCCUCGGGCAGAAGCCUGGGAAGAGGCGCCAUCACCCCACCCUAGGUUGAAGGACUGCUGGCCUCUGCCCUCCUACUCUUUGUUUCCGUUUGCCCCUAACUUAGCAGCAACCCAAGCAGCAGAGGCCUUGGCCACCAGAAGCAGAGAUUUUUCCACCCCUGCCCUUGGCCAUCUCACUGCCAGGCCAAGGCUUGUGUCCACUCCUGCCCCACAGUCCGGAGUGUCCUGCUGUAGCCCUCGGUCAGGUUAUACAGCCUCAAUUGUACAUAUCCGUUACCCACUGUAAAUAGCACAGCGUAGAGCUGAAUGCCACUGUUUUAUAACUGAGCAAAUACAGCCUUCUAUAUAGCCGCCUCCUUA